UCGUAAGAAAAAAAAGAAGCACAUCGUACAGAGGACAUAUUAUAAUAAAUAUUACCUCCUAAAUAAUACAAUUUAUAAAACGGAUAAUUAUGGAUAUAAAAUGUACUCUCAACACCAGCAACAAAAAUGGAAGUAAUUAUUCUAUAAGAAGAACUUGAUAAAAAACUAGAAUAAAGAUAAGCUAGAGAAACAGGUAUAUGUCCUAUAAGAGAAGAAUUAUAUGAAUAAUGUUUUGAUGAAUUAAUUAGAUAAAUAACUAUAGAUUGUAAAUAAAGAGGUCUACUACUUGUUAGAGUCAGGGAUGAAUUUAAAAACUAACUUAAUGCAUAUAAAACUUUAUAUGAGAGUUCUAUUGCAUAUGGUAUGAGAAAAAUGAUUGAUUCAGAAUAAAAAAAACUGAUAUGA